CUUCUUUCCCUGUCUCUCCUGUAUCCGCUCGCCGUUUACCCAAACCCUUGUCCCCGCGCCGCCACCCCCAAGAACCUCAUCGGCUCCGGUCCUCCUCCGGCCGGCAGAGGCAUCGAAUCCCCCACGCCACAUCCUCCAAUGGCCACCAAGUCCCAAAAGAAGAAGAAGCUCUCCGCCCCCAACCCCUCCAUCGACGCCAAGGCCCCCUCCCCCAAACAAAAGCCUACCCCUCAGAAACCCGCGGAGGAGCCAGAGACGGCGGCGGCGGCCGCCAAGAAGCCGAAGCCGAAGAAGCAGAAGGUGGGCAAGGAGGUCUCUGCCAAGAAGCCGAAGGAGGGCAAGCAGGUCUCUGCCAAGAAGCAGAAGGAAAGCAAGGAGGUCUCUGCCAAGAAGCCCAAGAAGCAGAAGGAGAGCAACGAGAUCGACGAGAUCUUCGAGGCCACCAAGAAGCGCAAGCUGCAGGAGGAAGAGGAGGAAGAGUCCGAGGGGGACAAGAAGCCCAGGAAGGGCAAGGCCGAGGGGGCUAGCAAGAAGAAGAGCAAGAAGGAGACUGGGGGCAAAGGCUGGGAGCCCGGCCACGAUGACGAGGUCGAGGAGAAGCGGCCGCGGCGGCGCACCAUAUACUCCGCCGACGAGCUCGGGUUCGGCAAGGCCGACGCCGGCGGCACUGCCCUCUGCCCCUUCGACUGCGACUGCUGCUUCUGAGCCUUUCAGGGGUCCUCCGUGCCUGAGGUGAUGUAAUCGGCAUACGUCGCAGUGGUGUUUGUUGUAAUCCUCGGUUGAUUCGAUAACUAUGUGCUUAGACGUGUGAUCGGAUGAAAUGGAAUUUUGGUUCUC